GGCAAUUCUUUACGGCCACAAACGAGGUGAUUCAUAUCAAAAAAUUGCUGACAUUGUACAAUGUGGUAAAACAACUAUCCAUGAUGCGAUAAAACGUUUUAAAGAAACUGGUUCUGCAAUAUCAAAAAAACGUUGUGACCCGAAGUCACUUUUUAAUUCAAAUGCACAAUCUUCACUCAAAAAGAUUGUUAUACAAAUUCGAAGCAUCGUUGCCUUACCACUCAAAAAAUUCAAGAAUUAUGGACUAAAAAAAAAAAAGUUUCAACUAUUACAAUUCGUCAGAUUCUUAAAAAAGUCAGCUUACGUUCAUGUGUUGUCUGCUCUAAACCAUUAA